AUGAACUCUGAAUUACACUCUAAUAGAGAACUGUUACAAGGAAUGAAAAAAUCAGACUCAAUGAGAAGCUAGAGACAAUUAAAAUCCUGUCCAGCUUACUUCAAAACAUUGCAAUUUUCAAAAUAUUAAAACAUUUAGACAUCAGAAUAAAAUUAGUAAUUUUCUAAGGCGAACCCCCUAAACGUUUUCAUCAGAAUAAUAAAGUUUAUUACAUUAAUCACACAAUCGAUAUUUCCAUAGGAUUUUAAAUAUUUGGAUGCCAACAUGUUUAAAAUAAUUGGUGAUAAAGCAGCAGAUUUUAGCUUUUAUGUGAAACAGGAUUACUUCAAAUAUAUAGUAAAUAUUAUUUAAUCAUAGAAAGCAGCUCCAGAGUCGAGGCUCCAACACAUAUUAUAAAUAACUAUACUCAAAUAUUACACUAUACAAUCAUUAUUUGAGUACUUUUCGCAUAGUAAAUUCCUAUUUAAGCCAGAAUAAACAAGUAUACUCAUAUGGAAUGUUUACUUGCUUAUAAUGAUCAACUUUAACUUUUUGUAUUGUUCCAUUAAAUUCUCCUUUGACUUCGAUAGCAGAGAGCCAGAAAAUUACAAACAAAGCGAAAUCUUCUUCCUGAUAAUUCCCUUUAUCAGUUAUUUAAUAGACAUACUCGUGAAAUUGAACAGUUGUUAUUAUGAGGCAGGCUAUUUAGUGACAGACAGACACAAAAUAAUUAAAAACUUUUAUCAUUCGAAUGAAUGCAUAAUUGAUUCAAUAAUCAUAGUGAUAUCAUUAGGCUAUUUUUUUGAUUCGCAAGGUAACAAUCUGUUGUCACUAUUUAUGAUAAUAAAAAUAUUGGAUGUUCCAAAAAGAGUCGGAUUGAUAUUGGAUAAAUUGGAACUGACAACCAAUUAUUGGGCAGUCUAUGACUUAGUCAGAUUGAUCUAUUUGAUAAUAAUUGAAGCCCACACAUUUUGUUGUUUUCUAUAUUAUGUGGGCAAAUAAAAUAAGGAUGUCUCUUGGAUUAUCAAAGAGGAUUUAGUUGAAGCUAAUUUUAUAACAAGCUACUUGACCACAUUCUAUUGGAGUGUAAUAACUAUGACUACAAUUGGAUACGGAGACUUUACUCCAUAGAAUUUGAAUGAGAGAGUAUUGAUAAUAUUUGUAGCCAUUGUAUCUUGUUGUACAUUCGGUUUUUUUGUAUCAUCCAUAGGAUAAAUCAUCUAUUCGAUAUAGAAAAAAGAACAAUAAAUAAGAUUAGAUUUGAAUGAUUUGAAAAAAUACUUGAGGGUAAGAGGUUUUAACUCAGAAUUGCAAAUAAAAAUUAGAAGAUACUUUGAGUACUUAUGGAAUGAUUGCAUGGGACAAGAUUAAUUCGAUAUGUCUAAAUUGUAACAACUAUUACCUAGCAAUUUGUAUACUGAAAUGAUAUUAGAUUUAAAUCUGAAAAGCAUCUCAAAGAUUCCAUUUUUUCAUGAUAAUUUUAGUUCUGAUUUUUUGUAGGCUUUGGCUGGUGAUUUCGAAGAGGAAAAGCUUACUCCUUGGUAGAGUAUUUUUACAAAAGGAGAAUAGAGUCAAUAUCUUUAUAUCCUUUGUGAAGGGGAAGUUGAAUACUAUGUAUCUCUUCCAGAAGGUUCUGGGAAUUGUGUAUCUAUUUAGAAAAUGGAUGGAUAAGAUGAAAUCUUUGGACAAUAGGAUUUUUUAUUGGACCAAAACUACUCAAUAAAUUGCAGAACUACAAAGCCAUCAAGGAUAUUAAAAAUGCAUAGAGAUAAGUUUCAAUAGAUAGCAAAGAAGUUUGGCUAUGAAAAAUAUUGUUAAUUAAAAGAUUUGGUAAAAUUCUCAGGAAGAUUUGAUGAGUUUCAUAUUUAAUGUAUUGGGUGUAAUAAAUCAACCCAUUUGCUCUAUAAUUGUCCAAUGCUUACCGGAUUUCCAAGUAGAACCAAAACCUUGUUGAAAUAUAAGAAGAAGUGUUGUUAAGAAAGGAAUCCUUUUCAUAGAACCAAUUUAGAAAAGAGAAUAUCAACUCUAAGUGUGGAAGGCAAAAUCGCAGAUAGUGUGUUAUAUUAUUUGUUGAAAGAUCCUAAGAUGUCAGAAGAAUUCAAUUAUCAACUUAAAAGGAAUAUGGCAUCAUCUUAAAAUGGAUAUCUUAGAAAAUCUUAAAAGAAGAUAACCAAUAUACCCAAAAGAGGAGUGCCAUUGUUUUUAAGUUAAGAUUAAUUUUAGAAAACAGCAGAAACUAAUUUCGAAGAAAAUCUAGGAUUUCAAUUCAGUAAAGGAGUAUUUUAGUAAUAGAAGAAAAUGACACCUUUGGAUUAAGAACUUAGUUUGGAAGAGAGUUCUAAAAUAAUUGCUACAGUGAAUAAACAGUUUUAAACGAAGGGAACUUUAAACUUAAGCAUUGGUAAAAGUAAUGAGGUAAUUUAAGAAGUGGAGAAGGAUUAUGAUUCGAAAGAGGAUAAGACUCUAUUGAUUGAAUCUAAAAGAGAUUAUUAAGAAUCUAUGGGGAGGUAUAAGGAUAUUUUUGAGUCUUUUGAGAUUCAGCGAGAUUAUGAAUUAUACAUGCCUCACAUGAACUUCAAAUUAAUUUAAGAACUUUUCUAAAGGAGUCGGGAAAUAGCUAGCUUCCAUAAUUUCAUCGAUGUGAAUAUUGUGAAAAGAAAAUGGAAAAGAUCUAAAAUAGUCAUUGUCUUGGAAUCUUGA